AUGGCCGAGAUCCGUCGCAAGCUCGUCAUCGUCGGCGAUGGUGCCUGCGGUAAGACUUGUCUGCUCAUUGUUUUCUCCAAGGGCACCUUCCCCGAGGUCUACGUCCCCACCGUCUUCGAGAACUACGUCGCCGAUGUCGAGGUUGACAACAAGCACGUUGAGCUUGCUCUUUGGGAUACGGCUGGCCAGGAAGAUUACGACCGUCUCCGUCCCCUGUCAUACCCCGACUCACAUGUUAUCCUGAUCUGUUUCGCCGUGGACUCUCCCGACUCUCUCGACAACGUUCAGGAGAAGUGGAUUUCCGAGGUCCUGCACUUCUGCCAGGGUCUCCCCAUUAUCCUGGUUGGUUGCAAGAAGGAUCUGCGCGAGGACCGCAAGACUAUUGAUGAGCUCGCCAAGACUUCCCAGCGUCCCGUCUCUGCUGAGCAGGGUGAGGAGGUCCGCAAGAAGAUCGGUGCCUACAAGUACCUCGAGUGCUCUGCCCGCACCAACGAGGGUGUCCGCGAAGUUUUCGAGGCUGCCACUCGCGCUGCCCUCCUCAAGGCCCAGAAGGGCAAGAGCGGCCGCAAGAAGGGAGGCUGCCUCAUUCUGUAA